AUGAAAGCAGGGAGAGGCAGGACAAACGAGAAUGAAGAGGUGUUUGAGGAAGUUUCUGGCGAACCCACUAAAAGACAGAUCAGAGGAAAGGGUAAAGGAGUGCAGGUCUCUAAAGGCAGAAGAACACGAGCCAAAGUGGAGACUGAGGAGGAAGAAGAAAACAAAAUAGCAGAUAAACUUCAGAAAGAAAAGGAAGAGAAAGAGGUGCGUGGUACAAUGGAGAGGUUGGAACGAGAGCGAAUUGAGCAAGAAGAAAUGGCAGCAAGGUUUCAGAAAGAGAGAGAUGAAAAAGAAAGGGUGAGAUUAGAAAAGGAACAAGAAACUAAGAGGUUGGAGAAAGAAAGGGUUGAACGGGAAAAUAAGGAACUUGCUUCAAAACAGCAAAAAGAAAAGGAAGCGGAAGAGAGAGUGGAAAAGGAACGACAAGCGACUGAACUAAUGGAGAAAGAGGAAAAGAGGCAAAAAGAAGAAAAGGAGAGACUAGAGCGGGAAAAUAUGGCGCAGGAAGAAAAGGAAAAGGCUGAGAAGGAUCGAUUGGAAGUAGCCAGAAAACAAAAGGAAAAACUUCAAAAACAAGACAAGGCGGAACAGCUAGACAAAGGAAAGCAAAAUGAAGAAGGCCCUAGAAGAGGUAGGAGAACCGGCAGAAGAACCAUUGCUGUUCCAGACUCCACCGCCGUAGAUGAAGAUGACGUUCCGGCCAGACGGACCAGGUCCCGAUCGAACUCCUCAAACUCUGUCAACUCUGAGAUUUCUGUGUCAAGCAACGUGUCGCAAACAAGCAGGGGUAGAGGCCGUGGGAGAGGAGGGCGAAAGACGGAAGUUCAAGUGCAGAAAACUGUGUCUCGAGGCCGGCGAAGAACCGCAGCAGCUCCCGAAGUCUACGCACCAUCUCCACCCAGGACGCUCUCCAGAUCCAAUUCGAGUAUUUCGUUAAGUUCCGAGUUGUCUGUGAGUAGCAUCAGCUCAACGAGUCGAAAUAGAGGAGGACGAGCGGGAAAGAAAGCCGACAUUGAGCGCGCAAAAGAGCAGGCGUCCAGUCAAACAGUAAUGCCAAGAGGAAGGAAAAGCACAAGGAUUUGCCCCGACACCAACAAAGAUAAGGGAGACAACGUAGAGCCGCCUGUGUCCACAAGGGGGAAGCGUGGAGCUAAAGAAAAUUCAACAAAAUGCAAUGAAAGCCAGGGAGAAGAUCCAUCUACUAGUCGUGCUGAGAAAAGAGGAGGGAGAACAAAUCAAGCACAGACUAAGAAGGAAUUGGAUGGAAGAAGGUUGGAGACAAACGAUAAUGAAAAAGACACAAAAAAUGCAGCGGCGAGAAAUACACCGACUAGGAAGAGUAUGAAAGUGACUCAAGAGGAAACCAAAAGUACCAAACCAAAGGGAAGGGGCCGUGCAUCUGUCCUGGCAAAAACUCCUGAUGAGAGAAGUGACAGCGGCUCAUCAGGAAACAACUCCAUGGAUCUAGAGCAGCCUCAAACCCCAAGGAGCAGUGUUUCCAGGAAGAGAAGUUCUGCUGAUUCAGAGUCUGAUGUUUUUCCCAAGACGCCGCGCUCCUGCACUGCGUCUCCCAGCACUGGCCGGUCCAGAACGCCUACUCAACCUUACAGGGUGCUGUUCACUGGAAUGGUGGAUGAAGAUGGAGAGAGGGUCCUGACUCGAUUGGGAGGAACCAUAGCUAAAGAUGUGGUUGUUAUGAACUGUUUAGUGACUGAUAAAGUGCGGCGGACGGUUAAGUUCCUGUGUGCUGUGGCCAAAGGAAUCCCCAUUGUCACCAGUCAGUGGCUGGAGAAGAGUGGAAAGGCUGGGACAUUGUUGCUUCCUAGUUCGUACCUGGUGAAAGAUCGAGAGCAAGAAAAUAAGUUUGAUUUCAACCUGCAGGAGUCUCUGAGAGUCGCCAGCAAUCAGCCAUUUCUAAAGGGAUAUGAGAUCCAUGUCACGAAGUCUGUAAAGCCAGAGCCGGUUCAUAUGAAAGAUAUCAUUUCCUGCAGUGGAGCUGUGUUUCUGCCCAAAAUGCCCUCCUCUUACAAGCCCAAUACUGUGGUGGUUUCGUGUGAAGAGGACUGGUCCCUGUGCGCUCCAGCUGUGUCCUGUGGCCUCCCCAUCGUCACCAGUGAGUUCAUCCUCACUGGGAUCCUGCAGCAGAAACUGGACCUGGACUCACACAAGCUCAGCGGACCUGUACCUGCGCCAACAACAGCAGCCGUGAGAGGCAGGGGGCGCAAGAAACCAUAG